AGCUCCAGGGUCAUUCAAAAGCCAUGCAUAACCGCUUUUCCAUUCUAGAUCACACAAAUAAUAAUUAACACUCCAAAUACAAGUCCGAUUCCACUGGAAAUCACAAACUUGAUAGUUCAAAAGAUGGCGCAAGAACAGGAGUGCAGGCCAAACACCAAAGAUUCAAAGUUUGAUACCUACUUUGAAACCAUCCAAUCCAGGAAGAAAUUGCCAGAGACAUUGCAGGAGUCGCUGACAGAUGCAUUUGCAAAAAUUCCUGUUUCUUCUUUUCCCAAAGUUCCUGGAGGAAAAGUGAUUGAAAUUUCAGCAGACUCAUCAGUUGGCGAAGCCGUGAAGAUUCUGUCUGAAAGCAACAUAUUAGCAGCUCCAGUUAAGGACCCAAAUGCAGGAACCAGUUCAGAUUGGAGGAACAGGUAUCUUGGCAUCAUUGACUAUUCAGCUAUCAUUCUCUGGGUGUUGGAGAGUGCGGAACUUGCUGCAAUUGCCAUAUCGGCUGGCACAGCAACGGCUGCCGGAGUUGGCGCCGGAACUAUUGGCGCUCUGGGAGCACUGGCAUUGGGAGUGACAGGUCCUGCUGCGAUUGCCGGGCUAACUGCAGCUGCAGUGGGAGCUGCUGUGGCAGGUGGCGUAGCUGCAGAUAAAGGAAUAGGCAAAGAUGCUCCCCUAGCUGCUGCUAAUCUGGGGGAGGACUUCUAUAAAGUACUACUGGAAGAAGAACCAUUCAAGUCAACAACGGUGCGAUCAAUACUUAAAUCAUAUCGAUGGGCACCUUUUGUUCCAGUUGCAACAAAUAGCGUUAUGUUGACCGUGCUGCUGCUGCUUUCAAAGUAUAGGCUGAGGAAUGUACCCGUCAUAGAACCAGGCAAACCUGACAUAGUAAACUUCAUUACUCAGUCUGCAGUUGUUCAAGGACUUGAAGGUUGCAGAGGAAGAGAUUGGUUUGACUGCAUCGCAGAUAGGUCUAUAUCAUUUCUCGGACUCCCGUUUAUGUCUCCUGAAGAGGUUAUUUGCAUUCAGAGCAAUGAAUUGGUUCUUGAAGCUUUCAAGCUUAUGAGAGAUAAUCAAAUCGGUGGUCUUCCUGUAAUCGAGGGGGCAAAGAAGAAAAUUGUUGGCAACAUAAGCAUAAGAGACAUCAGAUUCCUGCUGCUGAGGACAGAGCUUUUCUCCAAUUUUAGGAAGCUUACUGUGAAUGAUUUCAUGAACAAAAUUGCCGCAGCAACCCAAGAAACUGGAAAAAUUGCACGGCCCAUAACAUGCAAGCCUGAUGCGACGUUGGGGAGUGUAAUCCAUACACUUUCUUCUCAGUCUAUUCACAGGAUUUAUGCAGUAAAUGAGCAGGAAGAACUGGUUGGAGUCAUCACUCUGAGAGAUGUAAUCUCUUGUUUCAUCAAUGAACCAUCAUACCAUUUUGACGAUUACUAUGGCUUUGCAGCUAACGAGAUGUUGAAUCACUGAUUUGCAUUGAAGUUUAAAUAAAUAGAUGGAACACUCUAAAUGUAGCACACUCUUUUAUGUUUCCACAGAAAACAUUUGAUUUGUAUGUUUGUAUUGUAUAAGCAAUUCUCAUGCAACAUCAAUCAUACUAAAG